AUGGCGUCGACUUCAGCCUCUAGAUCGGAAAAACAAGCAUCGAACCACCUCCAAGCACCAGUUUUCGUCGACAAACCAGGUCGACAAUCGCCAAGGCCAAGUUUCACAUCCAGCAGGCCUUCGUGGAUCGGAAAACAGCACCUGCCUCGAUCAAUCACUCCCGAAAUUCCAACCAUGGCGCAGAAGCACGAGAUCCACUACAGCCAUCCUGGCCUUCAGCCCCCAGUGUUCAUUGCAGGUUCCAUGUGCGAGCCCGAAUGGGAGCCUAUCGAGAUGACACACAAGGAGAAGGAAGAUGGUGAGCUCGACUUUGAGCAUGAGUUUAGAGCAGAGCCAGGAGAAUACCAAUACAAGUUCAGACUCGGUCCUGGUGACUGGUGGGUCCUCGACGAGAGCAAACCAACUGUCGAUGAUGGAACAGGAAAUCGAAACAAUAUGAUUGUUGUGGAGCCGAAAUCCUCGAACGUCAACGAAUCUCACGAAACACCAAUCUCAUCGAAUGCUCAAGAAGAGGACGUUCCUGCUGCUACACACAUUACGGAUACCCAUGCCAAACAGAACGCCUCUGUCAUUGAUCGGGAGGAUGAGGACGAUGAUGACAUUCCGGAGAGCGAGAAGAAUCUUUUCAGGCAUGAGACUGUGCAGGUCGCCAAUGGUACUGGCGAGAGUGAUCACGAGGACGAGCAUGUUGAGGUUGACGAGGACGACCAAGACGAAGAGCCGCCGCUCCUCGAGCACGAAGCUGGUCCAUUCGAGCGUGUGGACAGCCAGCACGUCACGCCCUUCAAGUCUGAUAAAUUCACCUUCGAAGAUCCAUCGGAACACGCAAUCGAGGCCGACGACGAUUUCGCCGAUGACGAGCGUGACGCCCCGCCACUCUUCAGACACGAAACUGGAGCAGCAAACGACGUCGACCCCGACGAGGCUCCUCUCUUCCGUCACGAGAGCAUGUCGUCUCCGAUUGACUCCAUGUCAGCGAGUUCGCUUUCGCCCACCUCGCCCACUUCUCGCAAGCAACGCAAGCUCGACCUCGAGGACGUCAACGAUCCUUCUCUGGAACCUUUCCCGGUCGACGAAGCUGGCAUCCAGGCACGCAUUCAGCGUGUUGCAACUCGCCGUCGCGAGGAUGAAGUUGUGUUUGAGGGAACUCCUCCUUCGCCCUCUCUAGCUCAGACGAAGUCCUUCUCACCUCAGGCCGCUCCCACUCUUCCCCACAACGAGUCUAGUGAUCUGAGCCAUCUUGAUGCCAUCGAUGAAACGGAAGAGACAGACGAGGAAGUCUACAAGCCCGUGAGCAAGCCUGUUGAGAAGAAGGACUCGGUUAUGCAACCUGUUCCAAUUAACAUCAAGGUUCAAGAUGUAUCUGAGCUCGACAACAACCCUGCAUUCACGGAUGUUGCUGAUGUCUCUAACCGUGGCCCGCCAACACCGCCUAUGACACCCACAGAGCAUGCUAGAUCUAAGGCUGCUCUCCACGAUGGAGCGGCCGAUGUACACGAGGUAUCUGAUCGCGUUGGAAGCCCACGCUCCCGAAAGGACAACGCCACAGACCACAUUGCCAACCGUCCUUCGCCUUCGGAGACUGCUAAGCCUUCCACUAAAGCCUCGGCGAAGCCAGAGAAGAAGAUUGAGCCAGAGAACAGCUUGGCAUCAAACUUGUGUAUUUGGUUUAUCGGUCUUUGUGGAGGCAAAGGUCGCGCAGCUGGUGUUGCAAUUGCCAUGAGCGUUGCAGCAGCUGCAUUCGCCAUGAACACCCGCUCGGCUUAA